CAGAAGUUGUCAUUACUUCAGCUGGUAGCUCAGGACAGCUCAGCUCACAGAGACCCUUCAUGUUGGAUGUUCCAGCUCUGCUGCUGACCAGUCUGGAGGAGCUCACUGAAGAACAGCUGAAGACAUUUCAGUCUCACCUGACUAGUGACCAGCUGCCUGGCUUUCCUCCCAUCCCAGAGAGUCAGCUGGAGAACACUGACAGACAGGAGACAGUGGAUCAGAUGGUGAAGAGAUAUGGCCCUGAGAGAGCUGUGAGGAACACACUAAUGAUCCUGAGGUUGAUGAAUCGAGUAGACCUAGCAGUGAAGUUAGAGAGAGAUCACACUAGAGGUAUUCCCACUGCCUCAUUCCAGUGCUUUCCCCCACCCAGGUCCUACGGCUCAAUACAACCCUUUCUCUCCAGAUUCUCUUCCUUCCUUCCCUCUGGUUCGUCUAAGCAGUUGUUGUCAUCAAUAUCUGGUAGCUCAGGACAGCUCAGCUCACAGGUAAGAGGAAGGUUAGAGAAGUGUAGGAUCACUUCUACCCUCAUAUGUUAAACACCUGUACUCACUGUUAUAGUCAGUUCUACCCUCAUAUGUUAAAACACCUGUACUC